AUGUCACUGGGAGACCUUGACACCUAUGUUGAACAGGCUGAUGAGAUGGGCCACAAGCAGACCAAACCUAUGCCUGAUGUAGACACUGAGCUGCUGGUCACCUCCAGGUUCUCUGCACAUCACAUGGAGAUGAUACAUUAUCCUAAUUUGUUUCCAUGUGAGCUGCUACACAAGAGCCUGGUGCAGCUCCUAGCGUUCUCCUCCAACCCGGGGGAGACGUCCAUCAGCCGUGCCUUCAGAAGGGUCAUGAAGCAGGUCACCCCACAGGUGUUUCAGCCCGGGCAGGAUAUCUUGAUGAAAGGGGAUGAGAGUUCUGGCAUCUACUUCAUCAUGGAGGGAACCGUUGCCGUGGUCACUGAGAAUGGGGAGAACAUCAUUGCAACCUUACCUGCUGGUCAGUUUUUUGGUGAGGUGUCAACAUUGUUCAAGCUUCCUGUGACUGCCAGGGUCAGAGCUGAAAGUCUGUGUGAAUGUCUGGUCUUGGAUGUGGAGAAUGUGAGGCAGCUUCUACCAGACAGCAGGAGGGCAGUGGACAUUAUCAACUGGUUUGUGGCCAAGAAGUACAUCCCUACAUCCACCCACUUGGACUCGGGCAGAAUCUACAGGCGAACACUGCUGUUUUCAUUGCAAGAGCUACCACUUUUUGAAGGCUGGUCUGAAGCUUCACUGAAAUACCUGAUCCUGUCAUUGUCAUCUGACAGCGUCAUUCUGUAUCCUCGUGCAUCCUUCAUCACCUGUGUUGGAGACCCAUCCAACAUCCUUCACAUCCUACUCAGGGGAGGUAAGUCUAGAUCUACAUCCUUCAUCACCUGUGUGGGAGACCCAACCAACAUCCUGCUCAGGCGGAGGAGAGGUAAGUCUAGAUCUACAUCCAUCCUCUCAGGGGGAGGUAUGUCUAGAUCUAUAUCCUUCAUCACCUGUGUGGGAGACCCACCCAACAUCCUUCACAACCUGCUCAGGGGAGGUAAGUCUAGAUCUACAUCCUUCAUCACCUGUGUUGGAGACCCAUGCAACAUCCUACUCAAGGAGAGGGCUGUCAUCUCAGGGAAGUCUGGAGUCAGGGUAGAAACAACAGCUGAGAAAUUCCCCAUUGUCAUUGGGGAGGCAGGUUUAUUUGUAAAGAAGGCAAGUGUACUGAAUGUGAUGACGGUGACGCAGUGCCAGGUGGUGUCAAUCUCUCUGCAGCAUCUGACAGAAUGUCUAGAGCAGGACAGCACCGACACCAGAGCACUCUGGGACAGGAGGACAGAGUUGUGGGAGAGUUUUGUUCAACAUCGGGAGAACCUGACCAACGUACACCAGGACACAGUGCAGUAUGAGGUGACCUUCCAGUUCCUGUCCAACUCCUCCCUGUUCAGGAACUCCACUCUGGCCCUCCUGCAGCAUCUGGUGUUGGAGUCUCAAGUCCUGGGUCUUGCUGAUGGGGAGAUGGCCUAUACCCAACACGACUCAAAACAGCGCACAAUUCUUCUAAUGCUGGAAGGAAGGCUGGAGGUCACAGAGCCAGCAGCUCCUCAGUCACAGACAGCUGGAUAUCUCACACCGGCUGCCGGUUCCUCACAUAGGACUGGUGCAGCCUCACCAGCAGGUGCAUCCUCACCAACAGGUGGUUCUUCAUCACAGAGAGCUGGUUCUUCAUCACAGAGAGCUGGUUCUUCCUUACUACCAGUAGGUGUGAACAGGACAGUGACACAGGGCCAGAUCAUUGCCAAAGUUCCAGGAGUCUCUGCCAUUGUCACUUACAAAAGUGUGGGCAAAUCAUCUGUCAUCAAAUUUCCCACACCAACCCUCAAACAGGCAUUAAUGAAGUUUGCUGCAUUGAAAGGCAAAAGCUGAUGACUAUUUGAUUGUGUUAUCCUAGGAACAUUAUUGAUGGAGGAUUUAACUUGUCAACUUGAAACAGCAGCGUGUCUUCAAGUACAUCAUCAGCUAGUUGUCACUAUGGCCCUAAAAUAGUACAUUCUUGUAUCUGA